AUGUGGUGUCAACGUGCUCUUUUCAGAAUUAUCGUUCCCGUAGUCACAGUUAGAAGUGUGUGUGCCAUUUUGGUGAUGAGCAGGGCAAGUCUGCUUAUUGAACGCACAAAGACACUUCUUCAUGUCUUGUGUUGUACGGUUCUGGUUAGCUCCGAUUAUCUCAGAUUGAGGUCGCGAUUGUCGAACAUAUGCUUAGAAGAAGAAUGCAUAUUUUUAACCCUUUUCGUGAUAUUGUACAGCAAACCGCCUGGAACCUUUGAUGCUAAUCGAUGUGGUUAUAACUAUAAUGAAUGCAAGUCUGCGAUUCAAACUGUAAAGGCCUCAUUUCUGCAACUGAGGCAUAUAUUCGACGAAGAAUGCCUUGAUAUAAGGGCUUCUUCCCUCUCUAACGAACGGAAACGUAACAGCUUAGAGAUUGAAUUUCGGUCUCAAACCAAUCAUUUACACUGCCUUCCGUUUUUGACUUUCGACCUAUUUGCUGUUCUUUAUUUUGUUGAAGGAGCGAAAGUAUUACGAGAUCCAUGCUAG